AUGUCUUCGUCAUGGCAUGCUGAAACAGAGUACCAAUCCGAGAUAGCACGGAUCAACCUCCGUGUAGUCAUGUUCAGCCAUGGCAACUACCUUCUCUAUCACGUUCCACUUCAAUCUUCCGACAAGGCAAUUGAUGCCAUGCUCAAACUCAAGAGGUCUCUUGUAACCUCUCGUGGAUGGUGGACGGACAAUUUAAUAAAGGUUGUUCCCUUUCUAACGCCGGUAGUUUAUAGCGCGACAAUGUGCCCAGUACCAAUCGAGGUCAUCUCUCAAGAUCUCCCCUGCAUCGUUGACAUUGGAGCCGAAUAUCGCUGCCACGUUCUAACAAAGGCUUUGCAUAAUCCCCGAGAGUUCCCCGCUAGGUGCGAUUUCAUCACCUCGUAUCGCCGUUUUACAGCUCUCGUCGAGGCGCCUGGCACUCUUCGUGCUAGAGAUGUGUUAUCAGUUCGCCUGGAAUUCGACAAACUGAUUCUCUCAGCGUUUGUUUUCUUAUCCCUCAUCUUAUCCAUCAUCUGUGGAGUCGUGGCUGGCUUUUGUUGGAAGAGUUUAGAUACUGGGCUGGGUGUGUUUGGUGCUGUCAUCGGCGUGGAUGGCGUCGUGAUGGGCAUUUUGGCCUAUUUGUUAAGUUAG